AUGGGAGUUAUGCAAAGAAUUAUGUAUAUUCAUGCAAGCUUCACUGGAAACAACAAGAAGAGUUUGAAUAAUGGACAUGGGUUAUGGAAGACUUCAUAUAUCAUGGAGACUAUAGUUAUGACAUCAAGGAUUGCCAGCAUUGCAAAUGCAACACUGAGAAAGAAGAAUGGGAAGUGCCAGACCUACAGAAUACCUCAUUCAUGGAACAUUCAGAUCAUGCCAGAAUUCAUUGGAGCUUUUGCUAUAACAAUAAUUGCCCUAUCCACAGAAAUGGAAAGAACAGCAGAUACUACCCAUGACUACUAA